GCGCCCUCGGCUCCGCGCCGCCCACGGCCCGGCCCCGGCGCCGGGAAGACUCUCAUGCGCCGGGCGCGGCGGCGCCUCCCCGGAUCCAAGCUUCUCCCGGCUGCCUGGCCGCGCUCCUGCCGCUGAGAGCGCCUCUGCACCCGCGGCCGGCGAUGCGGGACCCCGGCGCGUCCUCCUCGCGCUCGCUCCUCGGCCUGGGCACGCUGGUGUUGGCGCUGCUGGGCGCUCUGCCCGCGGGCACCGGGGCGCAGUCGCACCACAGCGAGAGGGGCAUCUCGGUGCCUGACCACGGCUUCUGCCAACCCAUCUCCAUCCCGCUGUGCACGGACAUCGCCUACAACCAGACCAUCCUGCCCAACCUCCUGGGCCACACGAACCAGGAGGACGCGGGCCUCGAGGUGCACCAGUUCUACCCGCUGGUGAAGGUGCAGUGUUCUCCCGAGCUGCGCUUCUUCCUGUGCUCCAUGUACGCGCCCGUGUGCACCGUGCUCGAUCAGGCCAUCCCGCCGUGCCGCUCCCUGUGCGAGCGCGCCCGCCAGGGCUGCGAGGCGCUCAUGAACAAGUUCGGCUUCCAGUGGCCCGAGCGGCUGCGCUGCGAGAACUUCCCCGUGCACGGCGCCGGCGAGAUCUGCGUGGGCCAGAACACGUCGGAUGGCUCCGGGGGCGCCGGCGGCGGGCCCACCGCCUACCCCACGGCGCCCUACCUGCCGGAUCUGCCUUUCACCGCGCAGCCUCCGGGCGCCGCCGACGGCAGGGGCCGCUCCGCCUUCCCCUUCUCGUGCCCCCGCCAGCUCAAGGUGCCCCCCUACCUGGGCUACCGUUUCCUGGGCGAGCGCGACUGCGGCGCCCCGUGCGAGCCGGGCCGCGCCAACGGCCUCAUGUACUUUAAGGAGGAGGAGAGGCGCUUCGCCCGCCUCUGGGUGGGCGUGUGGUCGGUGCUGUGCUGCGCCUCGACGCUCUUCACCGUGCUCACCUACCUGGUGGACAUGCGACGCUUCAGCUACCCCGAGCGGCCCAUCAUCUUCCUGUCGGGCUGUUACUUCAUGGUGGCCGUGGCGCACGUGGCCGGCUUCCUGCUGGAGGACCGCGCCGUGUGCGUGGAGCGCUUCUCGGACGACGGCUACCGCACGGUGGCGCAGGGCACCAAGAAGGAGGGCUGCACCAUCCUCUUCAUGGUCCUCUACUUCUUCGGCAUGGCCAGCUCCAUCUGGUGGGUCAUCCUGUCUCUCACUUGGUUCCUGGCGGCCGGCAUGAAGUGGGGCCACGAGGCCAUCGAGGCCAACUCGCAGUACUUCCACCUGGCCGCGUGGGCCGUGCCGGCCGUCAAGACCAUCACCAUCCUGGCCAUGGGCCAGGUGGACGGGGACCUCCUCAGUGGGGUGUGCUACGUGGGCCUGUCGAGCGUGGACGCGCUGCGGGGCUUCGUGCUGGCGCCCCUGUUCGUCUACCUGUUCAUCGGCACGUCCUUCCUGCUGGCCGGCUUCGUGUCGCUCUUCCGCAUCCGCACCAUCAUGAAGCACGACGGUACCAAGACGGAGAAGCUGGAGAAGCUCAUGGUGCGCAUCGGCGUCUUCUCGGUGCUCUACACGGUGCCCGCCACCAUCGUGCUGGCCUGCUACUUCUACGAGCAGGCCUUCCGCGAGCACUGGGAGCGGACCUGGCUCCUGCAGACGUGCAAGAGCUACGCUGUGCCCUGCCCGCCCGGCCACUUCCCGCCCAUGAGCCCCGACUUCACCGUCUUCAUGAUCAAGUACCUGAUGACCAUGAUUGUGGGCAUCACCACCGGCUUCUGGAUCUGGUCGGGCAAGACCUUGCAGUCGUGGCGCCGCUUUUACCACAGACUCAGCCACAGCAGUAAGGGGGAGACUGCGGUAUGAACCCCGGCCCCUCCCCCUCGCCGAGCCGGGGGUGGGAGAAAGGCGCCUGAGCCAAAGGACUGCGGGGGUGGGGGGACGGGGGCUUGAUUCGCAGCCCCCCCCCCGCCCCCAAUGUAAAGUGACU